AUGGCCUCGGCGGCGGCGGGCGAGGCGGAAGAGACCACCCGGCUGCGCAAGCCGCGCUUCUCGUUCGAGGAGAACCAGAUCCUGAUCCGUGAGGUCCGCGCCCACUACCCGCAGCUGUACGGCGCGCAGAGCCGUCGGGUGAGCGUGGCCGAGCGGCGGCGCGUGUGGGACGGCAUCGCCGCCAAGAUCAACGGCAUCACCAGCUGGAAACGCACCGGCCAGGAGGUGCAGAAGCGGUGGAACGACUUCAAGCGCCGCACCAAGGAGAAGCUGGCCCGCGUGCCGCACUCCACGCAGGGCGCGGGGCCUGCAGCCGAGGACGCCUUCUCCGCGGAGGAGGAGACCAUCUUUGCCAUCCUGGGGCCGGGUGUGGCGGGGCCGGGAGCCGGUGCAGGGGCCGAACAGCCCCCCGCGGCCGCUUCCUCGCAGCCGCCGGCCCCGAGUGCCUGCGCUCAGCGCUAUGUGUUGCUGGAAGACCGCAGGGAGGACCGACGGGCAGAUAACCCAGCCCACAGCAAGGGGGACUCCAGCAGCCCAGAGCCCUGGGCCCGAACCUCCUGCAAGCCCCAGGAAGGGGGCUGCCCGCCCUCCAAGGAGCGUGAGUCCCCACCCCCUCCGGCCCUCCAGAAGACGGUCCAGCUGCCCCGCCUGGCCUUGUCACCACCGCCCCCGGCCCCUCCACCGCCGCCACCUCAGCCUCCACAGCAGGUCCAAGCGGCUCCCUCGCCCCCCAGCCCUCCACCCCCUCCGCUGCCGCAGCCUGUGCCCUCGGCCCCAGAGCCCUCCCUGGACUUCCUUCGGGCCCAGCAGGAGACGGCCAACGCCAUCCGGGAGCUGGCUGGCACCCUCCGGCAGGGACUGGCCAAGCUGAGCGAGGCCCUCAGCGCCCUGCUGCCCCUCCUGCCUGGAACCCAAGUCGACCCAUUGCCCCCGCCUCUGCCCCCACCCCCGCCCCCAUCCCCCAGACCUGCUGUGCCGCCCCCACCCGCCCCCAAGGUGGAGGCCACCCCAGAGCCCGUGUCCGUGGUGGCUACUGUUGUGGACAGGGCCGGGGUGGCAGCCAGGGGGGUGAUCAUGGCCCCUAGGAGCGAGGAGGGGGGCCCCCGGGCACCCCCAGCCCCACUGCCUUCCCCUGACUCCCCUCCACACAAGAGGAGGAAAGGUUUUCCCACAAGGAAGAGACGGGGGCGAUGGAAAACCCCAUGAAAUCUGCCUUUGGGGUUGAGCUUGUCUGCGCUCCUGCCUGCGCCUCCUCCCCCAGCUUAGCCCACGGAGGGGGGCCUUGCACCUUCCCCAGCCCGGCCGCACCCUGGCUCCCUGCUGCAGGGGCACAAGCACCCCAUUCCCUGUACUAGUUAGUGCCUGAUUCUCGGGGAGCCUCUUCAUGGGCCCCCCCAGCCCUUCUCCAGUACAGCGCUGUCUGCCUGGCUGCUUCCCUGAACCUUGACUUCAAAGCCAUCGACUUUAUGUUAUUUAUAAGGCCCUUUGUGGACUGCGGAGGGAACCCCGGGUCUGCACAUCCCCCUGCCCUCACAAUUCCUGGUCUUGACUUGAAGAGAAUGACCCGCGGGGGCCUUCCCACCCCCUCCCCCAUCCAGACUUUGGAGUGGGUUGGGGUUGCGGGACAAAUCAGAAGUUGGAGGACAUAGAGGAUACCCUAGGGAGCGGGGGUGGAGUUCUUACUGGGGGGCUAUAGGUUGGGCCCUCUGCCUCCCCUGCGGUCUCUGACCUCCAGAGCUCAGCCACUCCUUGCUCCCCAGUGGUGACGAGAUGACAAUAAACUUAUUUUUACUACAGCCUUGGGGUACCAGCCCAGGUGUCCCCUCCUCCGGAAUAUGCUGGGGCCCCUCCCCAGGCUAAGAGGGGUCUGCUGCCCAGUUCCUCCCAGUAUCCUGUGCUGCUUUUUCAGUGUUGCUGAAGGAACAAGUGCCUUUAUCUGUUCAUGGCCCAUUUCCCUCUCACUGCCCCUGCAGGUGCUGGUUCUCUUGUUCUCAAACCUGUUGUACCUGGUAACAAACCAGAUAACCACCAGCUUGGACUAGGGCCCAGCUCAGCCAGGGGGCUGUCUUGGGAGCUGCCUUGGUUCUAUGCUGGACCUUCAUCGUCCUCAUCUGGAAGACCGGCAGAGAGAUUGAGGUGUCUUUACCUUCUCCAGCCAGAUGCUGUUCCUCCAUCAGGUCGCAGUUCCCAUGGAUCUGGAGAAAGCCACCCCAACACCCCUCUCUCCCUAGCAGUUGUAAAAAAAAAAGUUGAAUCAUCAUUUGCAUCAAUUUAAAUUAAACCUCAGCUUCUGUCACCAGGCUGAGCCAGGGCAAGGCCCGAGCCAGUCUCAAAACCACUGUG